AGUGAGAAAAAUAAAAUAGAAUGCGAUUCGUUUGCGAGGGAAAUCAACAAAAAAAAGAAAGGAAAGUUACAAAAUCUUUAAUAAAUCGCGUAGAUGAAAACAUUAUGUAAAGCUUUUAUAAAAGUGGCAAAGAAGCAGAAUACAUUUUUGUACAUUGUUUUGUCAGUCUGUAAGUCUUCAGAGGUGUUAAUUGUGUAUCAUUUCUAAUAAUCAUGACUCCCAGAAAGAAGAAAGCAAAACUUGUUGGAACGAGUACAAACUUAGCAAAACGAGUAAUUGAAGCAAAAGGUUCGGAGCCGUCACGAAAGCGAAUAAAAGCUGAAACAUCUUUAGAAGAGGACAUUCAAGCUAUGAAGAAGAAGAAUUUUAUUACAGCUUGUGAAAGAGUUUCAUAUAAAGCUUAUUUUGAUAAACGUUCUAGAUUUCAGCUUAUUUAUUUACCUGCUUGUGCUAAUGGAACCACUUGUGUUCACCAGGAAUAUAAAAAUGGGACAUUAAUAAAGCCUAUGUCAUCAUAUGCUGAGCAGUCUUUCAAAAUAGAAAUAAAAACUAACAUGUGGUGUGAAGCUUUAGAAGUAGGCUACCUUAGUAUUACAACAAAUCAGUAUUUGUCAGCCAGUAUACUCAAAGACAUUAUAGAAAUUAUGCUGAAUGCCCACGAAGACAGCUAUGCUGACUACACAAUUGGAUUCUUAAUGGACAAGUGUCAAACUUUACUAUCUCAAAAUUUUAGUAUGCAUCCUCCAUGUUUAGUCAAAAGUCUAAGAAAAUGCUACAAUGAGUUUCUAACAUCACCCUUGGACAUGAAAGAGAAUACCUUUACGAACAGAUCAAAUUUUGAAUAUGAUAAAGGAAUUGUUAAAUACUGUAUGAAUAGACUUGAACAUGAAAUUAGUGGUGAUAGCGAAGAUGGACCUCUUAUAGAUAAAUGUGAACAUAUUCCUGAAGAUAUGAAGCAAACUGUCAGGGGUCUACAUUGGCAGAAAGAGAAAUUUGAGAUUUAUGAACUGCUAGAACGAAACGAGAGAAUAGAGAGGCUGAUGUAUGUAUUGGAAAGCAUCAUAGAGCUGUUACAGUAUGAUCUAGCAAUAUGGCUUUCAAGGUAUACACGCAAUUUAGGCUGCCAUGUCAUGAGGUCUCACAAGCCACUAAUGGCUUAUAUACUUUGGUCGAACAAUGUCCUUUACACUGGAGCAGUUAACAACAAUUGCCGCCAAAUAUUGCAACUGUUUGUCAAUAUUGUUCAUCUUCAGUAUCCAACGAAAUAUUUAAGAAUCAUGGUUAAUUGGCUCAACACUAUAAUACAAACUUUUUAUUUCUGUGAAACAAAUUCAACUAGUGACUAUCCUCACACAGGAAAAUAUUGCAUGACAUUUGCUAAAGAAUUUUAUAAGAUUAUAUCAGGCUUGCCUCCAGUUUCGGUAAUAAGAAUAUUAGAAUUGAUACAACCAAGCUAUAUGCAGCACCUUAUUGCCACUUUGCAUAUUAAGACACUUCUAUCGACAAAUGAGGAUGAUAUCAUUCGGAUAUUAAUUAAUUUUGUAACAAAAAAGCAAUGGACAUUAUUUCCUGAAAGUGAUAAAGAAAUAACUAUAUCCAAAAAAAUUAUAAGCACUCCUAAGAAAUUUAAUAAUAUCACAAGCUACUUAGUAAAAAAAUGUAAAAAUCUUAAUAUAUCUGAGUCUGAAUGUCCCGAUAUUUUAUAUCCAAAAUUGGAGACGCCUUUAGAUGUUAUUAGUGAUACCUAUGUAAAUCAUGUGGUCCAUGCAUUAUAUGUGUCUUUAGAGGCUUAUUUGGAUUCUUACAAUGUUCAAAAUGUGCAAGACACAUUAGACAAUCUAAAUAAAAAAUUAGCACAGAAAUCUGAAGACAGUGAAGAUAUAAUUGUACCUGAUUAUUGCUCCUACACUGUCAGUGAGAGCUUUAUAAAAAAAUAUACUAGUUUAUACAAAACCCUCAGAGAGCUUAUAUUGAUUAUGAAUGAUUUAAAAAACAAAGGUGAGCUACCUGAAUUACUUAAAAUAUUUGAAAGAAUAGGAUUGUUAGGUUUAUAAUAUUUUUCGUUGAUUUGACUUUUGCAUUUUGUAUUAUAAUUAGUGGUUAUUACAAACAACAUCACACAGUGAAAUGUAUUGUAAUAACAUUACCAUUGAUUCUACAAGUGUCACACUAAAACACUGAACAUCCUAAGUAAAUCAUAAACUCUGCCUUUUAGCACUACUUGCUUUCAUAUGGAAUGUGUGCCGUAAUGUAGUGAUUACAUACAAAAAAGUACCAUAACAUUGAAUAAUUUAUUGUUUCUUAUAAUUUUGUUCCCAAGGGAAAUACCUAUUCCAUGUUGAUAAUAUUAUUUGACUCCUCAUUUUUCUGUAAUUAAAAUUUUAUGCUUGUUAAACAUUU